UCUCCCGUGCAGGAGCGCGUCCACGCAUUGUUUCCGAGGAUCCAGGAGAAGAAGAAAAAAAGUCCAUUGUUGUUGCGAAGUUUUUAAUCUGGGGAUUUAAAGCACAUCACAUGCUCAGACUGAGCAGCAGGGCGCUCUACCACAACAGGCAAACUGCUGCAUGUUGGGGAGGAAAACACUAUUCAUCCCGACGGGACCGAGGGGGAAACUUUUUUUUAUUCACACUGCAAUGCCAGCGCUACUUUUUGGGAGUUUUGCACCACCGGAGAAGUUUUAAUCAAAGAGUCCGACCCGGGAAGGAUAAACUUUUUUUUUAUUCUAGAGAAACCUGACAUUGAGGAUAAAGAUGACGCUCAAGUACAGCCAGCGGUGUCUGAUAGUUCUGUCUUUACUGGGGAUUUUAUCGGCCAUCAUGUCUGUUUUAUCGGUCAUUUUGAUUUUCCAGCUUCAGUCUCAACAGACGGCCAUGAAGGAGUCUCCCCCGUCCACCUCCUUGCUCGUACCGGCUCAGAUCUGGGCCGUCCUGCUGCCCGUCUCCACGGUCCUCUCGGCUCUAUCCCUCAGCCUUCACUUAAGCUCUGUGGUGGUCUGUCUCCUCCACAGCUACUUCUCCACAGAGGUCUGCAGAGGAGAGCAGGACACUGAAAGAGCAGACUGGUUCCUUUUAGAUAGCAGAGCUGUGCGACACGUGGCUAUUGGACUGUUCUGCCUCGGGGUUUCUGUCUACUUGGCAGCUAUGUCCAUCUUUAUGCUCCUCAUAUUUGAAGUGGAGACGGGUAUGGCGAGCGCUUGCGUACUCUCCUCUGGGAUCUUCGUCUUACUGGUUGUUGUGAUCCACACUCUGGUCAAAGCUUCUCGCGGCGCCAAGCACCAUCACAGCGACCACCUCGACACCCUCUUCCAGAACGACCACGGCGGCAACACGCCCGUCUCCCGACACCGCGAGCUCAAGAUUGGCGUGGACAAACCGCGGAUGCACCGCAGCCAGUCUCACCUCCAGCAGCCGAUCUCCUACCCUCAGUGUGGCAACCUGAGACAGCAGCAGUACCAGCAGCAGCAGUACUCUCCUGCCGGAGGCUCGCAGGGCCACGCCAGCGAUAAAGACGGCUACAGCAGUGGAGGCAGUGGCUCCCGAAUGCACAGGACCCUGUCUACUGAAUCUGGUCUACUGCAGGCCCAGGCUAAACCCUGGAACGGGGUCAACAAUGAGAUGAGGAGUGUCCUCGCACGCAAGUCAGGGAUUUCCGCGAAAGACUCUACUCUUGUUUGACAUGGAAGCUGAGCUUGUGGUUAAAGACACUGCUGACCUUUACGCAUCAAGCACAAGAGGACCGCUAACACAAGUGUGGAUUCAAAUAGAUGUAGAACUGUCAGUUUGUACCUUUUUACUCAGUAUGUUCAUCCUAACUGGACCUUUAUCAACUGAUUUCUCCUGUUCGGAUUAUAAAGAAUUUUAAAUUUGAUGAAAAAACAUAUUGAGCACAGCUCUUGAAUAAUGUGUAGUGUUUUGGUGAAUGAGCUUGAUUUCAAACUCACCAGUGUUGCCCAAGUAUCAAUCUGGAAAACGUAUAGCUUCAAUUGUAAUAAUGUGAAUACUUUAUUCUGCUGUAUAUGGUGGCUUUUUGCCAAAUAUUUGUGCACAAUGUGCAGUUUUUGUUAUGUAUUCAAUAUUUCAUAUCAACUAAUUAAUACACUUUAGAAAAUAUAAUUCAGUUUGAAAGCAGGAUGUUUUUCAAGACCUAAAAAGGAGAUUAAAAUAAUGUUUACAAAAGCUUUAAAUGUCAUUUAAAUGCACAUUUCAAUCACUUCUGUAAAAGAAUAUACAUAAUACAGGCCUGAAUGUGAUUAUUAUUAUGAUUGUCUGGAGGAAAUACUAACCUUGGACACCUCAGUCCAGAGGUCAUGAGGAAGUGGAAGGGGCAUGUGGAGCAGAGACAAGGGGACUGGGAGAGGGGGUCACAUCAUGUAAGCUUCAUGCAGGUGUCAGUGGGGGAAAUAAAAAGACAGCAAAGACAAAUAAAACUGAAAACAUGAAGCUCCAAUUAACCACAAAAGAAUAAAUAUUUUGCAGUUAUUGGGCUAUUAAAGUGGCAUAAACUGAAAGGAAAUGAUGUAUUUGCUGGUGUCCCAAAAUAUGAACUGAUACAAAAUAUUAUUAAGUAUUAAAUAAAACAAAACUGAAACAAAGGUGAUAAUAACAACAAAGCUAUGAUGUGCUGCAAAGAAUGAAUACAAAGAACAGAGUCACUUUUGUCUCUCACUUUAAGUUAAUAAUGCAGAGAGAUUUGGGGAAAUGUGAAAGUACAAGUGGCUCUUUGACACUUUUGGGGUCGGUGGUGUGGCCAAAAAAAUAAUAUCCCUGAAUUAUUAUUAUACACUUGUUCAAAUAAUUAUGUCAAUGACUAUUUUUCACUUGGACCGAUAAUUGUGUUAAACGACUUCUAAUGAUGACUGUCCCUCAACAGGCACAAGUAUAACCCUAACACUUGAGAGAUGAGGCCAUUGAGUUCUGUAGAUAGAUGUUCCGUUACUUCUCAAUUAACCUUUUCUAAUGGAUUAUACCCACAGGAACCAGAAAAAUGGAGGUGCAUUCCUAUGAAGCAGCUAUAACAAUGUGUCGUAUACGGAAGAGUUGAGAUAGAUACCAGCCACGAGAACUGACGGUGCCGCUGUACAAAUGUUGGUCUACAUCUAAAUUGGAACAUUUUGUUGCUUUCAUAUUUCCCCUCCCUACACAUCGGACACGCCGGGUCUCACUCAUGUUCACUGCUGCCUCCUACCUGCGUCCUUGAGAGUUGCUGAUCUGUUCCUUCAUGCUGAUGGCUUGACGGAGGAGGCCGUCAAUGUUUUUGAAGUACAGGCUGCUGUUCGUCAUGCUCUUCACGGCACUGCAGAAACAACAACAACAGAUCAAUGAAAGUGUUAACAGUCAUGACUUGACAGCAGAUAUGUAGGCCUCUCCUCACCUGCAUGCAUACUCUACAGAGUAGAUGGCUCCUUGACUCUGCUCCUCCCAGCUCUGCAUGUCAGUCUGUGUGAGGAAUUACAAAAAAUGAAGAUACAACCAUCAAAUAUUCAGGAAAAUGUAAAACAACAACAUUCAAAGUUAGAAAAAAUAUACAAAUGCCAGACUCUUUGAUCCUCUGAUCUGAGAGGUCUCAGAGAAGAAUAAGGGGUUAACACUUUUGAAAAGUAAAGUGCAGCCAUACCAUAAAGGGAUUUAUAAAUAAUUAAUAGAAUCUUCAACUGAAUUCUGUAACAAGUGGGGGGCCAGUGUAAUUCGUCUGCAGGACCAGAGUGAUACGUUCCCUACGUCGAGUGUUUGGGAGAAGUAUUGCUGCUUCAUUCUGCACCAACUGUAGUAACUGCUGCAUCGUUUAGGCGAGUAAAUGGAUUACAGCAGUCUAGGCUGGAGGAAAGGAGGAUGUGGAUGAUUUGUUCAACUAUGUUUUUGGGGAGCGAUGGUAGAAAUAAAUACUGAUAAUGAGAGGAAGUAAUAGAAAUAAAAAAUAGGAAGUACAUAUACUGAAAAUAAGAAUAGAAAAUAAAACUAUAGAAGAGCAUUUGGAGUCUAAGUAAUGGUACUCAGUGUUUGUCUGUAUUCAUUUAAUAGAAUAUUGUGCACUUUUUAGUUUGUUUUGCCCCUUUAACUUGCUUUUUAUUUA